CUUCGGAGUACGUGUGCUGCUGUAUCUGAACUGAGGGAACUGGGCACUUGAGCGCGCGGGUACACCCUCAAACCACUUUGAGAAAAACCUCGCGUAAUAAAACAAUUGUCCAACUCAGUCCAUGGGUUAUAUAAGUUGGAUGGCGAGUCCUUACCAGUCUCAGCCUGGUGAAAAUACUUACCCUGCACCCUGCUUUGUUUACUCGUCUGGCUUUGUUCAACCUUGCAGGUGUUUUGACCAGUCGAAUCGCGUCUGAUGGCGCCGCACUUGAGGCUGCAGCCAACUGCCAACAGCGAACCGUCAAUCAAACUGCCAAUCACCAAGCCGAUCGAAUCUACCCCAAAUCUCAUGUCACCAUCGUUAACUGGACCUCAGCCGCAUUUGGCGGCACCAACCAAUAAUGUCGGCGUGGCUGAAGCUGUGGUAUCGCAGCCGAACGCGACAGAGCCCAAGCAACGUGUCAAAAUGAAACGUACCUCAGGGAUCCAAGCUGCCAGGAUUGGACACGCUCUUAAGACGAGCGCCACCACGUCCGCCCUAAGUCAUGGAAUGCAUCGUCCUCUUCCAGGCAAACAAUCUGCUUCCGUACAUGGCAUUUCUGGGAGAAAUGUACGGAAAUCUCGACUUUCUCCAGCACGCCGGUCCCCGGCCCGGAUCAACAGCGAUUUAACGGAUGAGGAUGAAGAUGAAGUGAGGUCUACCUCCGCCCGCAGCUCUCAUCUGGGAAAGCGAGAUCGAAACUCCUCAGAUGACUCGGAAAGUGAGACAGUGGAGUUAAAUAUCAAAAAGAUCAAAGCUGGUGCUGGAACUUGCGUCACAUAAACGAGACCUGGCCACAAUACUACAACUCCAAGAAUUGAAAUGUUUACGUGCGCUAAUUAUAUUGUAGGUUCUACUUUACCUGAACCUCUCCUAGAGGAUACGCAUGGUAGGCCUUACGUGAUUUACGAAGGCGAUUUCGGAAGGACGGAUACACGGGGUGCUCUUAUUCCCGAAGGUUAUAGCACCGGUACAAAAGACCACAAGGUUACAUGGCCAUGCCCGGUCCGAAGUUGUAGUCUCGACUUAGAAUCACUCACAGCUUUGGGCGACCAUUUCUCGAGAUCUCAUCGCUCUACUACUUUCAACGACAACCGAGAUGGCUCAUUGUCAAAGCUCGGGACGUAUGGCCGUCAUGAAGAAAAUUUACCUGGAAUUGUCGUCUCACAAGUACCGCAGACCACCGACAGCAAAGACUUCACGCGAAUGAACAACGGGGGCAGUAUAAAACCCAAUGAACCGCGGUUUACCGACAGCCCUGGAUAUAGAUUUCCCACUCCAUCCAUAGAAAAUGGCUUGGCCAGUUCGUUGAACGGUGCAAAGGUUAAUCAACGCACCAGCAAGGGCCACCUAAACGCCCUUCGCCCCGAGAUAAUUUCGGCAACUCGACAACAAGCUAAUUCUUCAAGGCUGAAGCAAAAAUAUCACGGCAAGCUAGAUACCCUGUUUAAGGAACGAGAACGAAAUUUGAAAGAAGAUUUCCAGCUCCGCAACUAUAGUCCCAGUCAACGAACAUCUGCCGUUGCGUCAAUAUCAGAAGGUUCUACUCCGGCACCAAUACACGAUCAAGCUACUGUGACGAGUCAGAGGUCACCUGUGGCUAUGGCGGCAAAGUUAACUCGUAAAGCGGUUGAGACGCCCAUUCCAAUCCCUACAGCAGGUCAGAGGGUUGUCCACCAAGCCAAGCUGCCAGAUGAUCUGGCGGAAACAGCGUCACUAGCAAAAACAAUUGCCCCUACGAAUAUUUCCAAAAACCGCGAAACGGAUUCGUUUAAUUUGCCAUCCGGCAACGCCGAAUCGGCAUGGAAGUUUUGUCUAAAGUACAUCCAAAAUGAUGAGCACAAAAGAAGCAUACCGGAUAGACAAUACGUUAAAGAAUUCCUCCAAAUGCCUUUCGUCCGCGAAAUGCAGUGGAACGAACUGUGGCUGAAGGAUCAUCCAUGGAAAGACUCAUGUCCGCGAGAUAUCUCUUCAUUGCUAAUGCACAGGAGUGGCGAGGUAUCCCCCAAUCCUUGCGAACGGUGCUCGAGGAAGCUGGGACCAUAUUCUGGGUGCAUCACAAUCCCUCUAGGACUGUGCCCGGCCACUCAGAGCAUGAUAUAUUCAUGCUCGAAUUGCCUGUACCACUCCAGCCAGAGACUUUGCUCACUUCAACCGCAGUUGAAAUCAGAGUUUCAACUACGAUUUCCGGAUUUUGAUCGGAAACAGGAAAAGGUGCUGAUGCAGACGCAUCUGGAGAAUGACAACAGGGUCACCUCCCCAGAGUUGAUCGAUCCGGAUCCGCCUUCUUCGGCUUCACCCGAGACUGUUGUUAAUCGAAGCAGAGGUCCCCCUAUAAACUAUAACAUAAAAAGACUUUCAAAGAGUUCGAUGGGGGCUGGUCGAAGCAAGGACUCUAGAGCCAGGUCUCGGGAAGCCCCAGACCCCUUGAAUGAAGAUGAUGAAGAGCCCCAUGCCUCUCCCAAGCUGCAACGGCCCACGAAUUCCGAAUUUGGUAUAAACAGUGCAAGCGGCCGCAAGGUAUCUCAUGUGCCUUUGCCAAGUCGCUUGCAGUCAAAGGGUUCGGGCGUCCCCAAUGGGGCCGCUUCUGCUCAUUCAGCCGCCAACUCUGCGCCGGAAAAUAAUGCCCCAGCGAAGGAGCUUGAUGAAAAGAUGGAGACUUGGGAGGUUGGCCCGGGGUUUGUUCGCAACGAGGAAUCUGACAAAAUUGCCUUUUCAACCGCGUAUUUGAACGGCCUGUCGUCAGUUCGAAUUGCAGACGGGGUAUCAUGCCGUCUCGAGUUCUUAAAGGCUGGAUGUUCAAGGAAUUUCGAUUCAGAGAAUACGCUCCGAAUAUGCUGGGUCAGCAGCGGAAAGGUGGAGGUGGAGCUGGACGGCAAGAAGUUCAGCGUGGGCGGGCCGGGAGGAAUCCUCAAACUAAACAAGGGCGCAAAGGCAGUUGUGUCCAACAACCGCUAUAUCGAUGCCUGUUUGCAGAUCACCGCGGUUGCUAUUGAGGAUUAGCCAUCCGGUUGCCUUUGUAUUUUGUUUUUGCAGCCCUUGGAAUGGACUCAGCUACCUCAAACAUGUAUUAUCACUUCGAUGAUUUAUUAGCACAGUUGUACCCUGGGCUAUGCCAAGUCGGGUACCAUUGACUUUUGUGGCUCAGUCUGGAGCUCCGAGAUGCGGCGAGUGUAGCCCCGAUUUUUGUCUGGGGUAGCUCCAUACCAUACACGCUACCGUAGAAUGGCGGGAAAACAUUCGGCUCCACGAGGUCUAGCUUCCACUCCAGCAUUAGGCAGGUAUCCAUCCCGUCACGCC